AUGACUCCAGAAACCAAUCAGGACGCAACUCAAAAACAGCCAGUUCGGAAAAAAAAGGCUGCAAGGGCUUGCAUUCAUUGUCAAAAGGCUCAUCUCACUUGUGACGACGCUCGACCUUGUCAACGAUGUAUCAAACGAGGAUUAUCUACAACUUGUGCCGAUGGAGCCAGAAAGAAGGCAAAAUACCUGCAAGAUAUUGAUGCAGCUACUUCUCCACCAACAUCUCAACAAACCUACCAUCCCGAAUCUCGAUUAACCAUUGAAGCCGUCGAUUCUACCUUUGGAAACCCUGUCACACAUAAUUUUAUAGGUUCAUCUCCAGUGAACGCGUUACAACAAUCAACUGCAACCUCACAUAAUGGAUUUAUGCAUAAUACAACCACUCCUCUCGCUCAUAUACCUUUGCCACCUACAUCAACAUCUUCUCCAUCAUCUACACCAGAUGCUUCUUUAGUAUCAUCACCACAUCAACAUACGUCACCUUCUAGUGUAGUGAAUCCUUCACCAAUCACUUCUUUUCCGCCAUCUAUUGCUUCCUCCACUAUUGGUAGUUCACAAACCUCAGCUUCCGGUAUUUCUACCAUGUCAGCUUAUGGUGAUGGAGCAGUAGUCGCCAAAGUAGCAAGUCCCGUAACAUCAUCUACAGGUGCCACAGUUAAAAGAAGAAAUCAAAUCAUCACACCCAUCAUGGCCUACUCAAGUGUCAAACAUCCAUUUAGUUAUGCAGAAGGCUAUCAUUACUUAGUAAAUUAUGCUCGACAAAAGAUGAGUCAAGAAGAUUUAAUGCGUAUCAGUCGUGCUUUGGCUCUUUUCAGACCAUCCGUCCUGGCAUCAAUGAUGAAUUUGACAACAGAUGAUUUGAUCUUCACAGAAAAAUGUUUACAACGAACGUUAUUGGAAUAUGAAAAACUGAUUACUUAUUCUGGUACUCCAACGGUGGUUUGGAGACGAACAGGUGAAAUUGCACUUGUAGGCAAGGAAUUCUCAUUAUUGACACAAUGGUCCAAAGAUGCUUUGUUGAACAAGAAAACUUAUAUUUAUGAGUUGAUGAGCAAUUCUUCUGCAGUGGAAUAUUGGGAACAAUAUGCUUUACAUGCUUUUGAUAAUACGGAUUCGGCGGUGUAUAGUUCAUGUAUUCUGGUCAGUCCUACCAAGCGUGUGGUUCCAUGUACAUUUUGUUUCACCAUCAAGCGUGAUAUCUUUGAUCUACCAAGUGUAAUUGUUGGCAAUGUAAAUAGAAAAAAAAAAAAAACACAAAGUAUAAAAGAAAAACAGGACGAUACUGAUGAUUAUAUAUAUUCUUUCUUUUUUUGUAUUUUAGUUUCUACCCAUCUUACGAUAACUGGCCCGAUAUUGUAA